UGGCCGUACCAUGGUUAUUCAGUGUAUAAAAGACUCUCUUGAGAAUUGGUCGGUUAGUUGCCGGUCUGGUUCAACGAUUGUCGCUUCAGGCGAGUAAAAAACGCGUUUUCAACUAGAUGAACUCUUCGUAUUGACGCUUAGUAUGAUUUGAAUGUUGUUCGUGUAGUUGCUGGGUGAAACAUGACGUCGUACGUGAAUUUCGGCAGUGAAAAAAUGGACAAAUUCCCCGAUGUUACGUGGGAACGGGACUUUAGGCAGAAAAUUCCUGCGUACAAGAACCUGUGCUUGAUCAGUGCUAUUUUCGCGUUCAGUGUUGGCCUCACAAUAGGAAUCCUCAUCCCGCUGAUGUACUUUAAUAACUAUUACAGUGCGAAAAAUUCCUCAACGACCAGCCAGGAGGACGAAGCCAUCAAUUCUUCCGCGAUAAUACGGACUAUAUUCCUGAAUAACAGUUAUGGUUAUGUGAACUCCUCUAAGCCUUUGAAUGUCUAUCCUACAGUGUCUUUUGUGGAAUCGCCGCGCUCCAAUGCAUUAUUAAGCGAUAAUGGCUACAUAGAUGACGGCAUCUACUGGAGCCAGAAAGUGGAAAGAGCUCUGCCAGAAGGUUAUCGUGGUCAGAAGCACACGAUCUGGAGCGAUUAUCUGGACAAAGCGGUAGCUAUUCGUCUAGAAAACGGCUGCGGUCGCAUGCAGAACCGUUUGGUCACCUUCCAAGAUGGCCUGAAGGGCUGUGUUCGAUACAGGCAAAACACUGAUCAGAUCCAAGGUGAACUGUUUAGCUUCUACUUGGCGCAGAUCCUCAAGCUGCCCAAUUUGGCACCAAGUGCAGUCAGCAUUGUGGAUUUAAGCGCUCCCCUUUGGUCCAAUCUGCACAACGAAAUCGCUUCAGCCCAAUGGAGCUCCAAUAGACCCAUCGUGCUCACUCAGUUCAUUUCCAACUUGAACUCGGCCAACAUUCCGCCAGUCUUCAAACCUCUGGAACGCCACCUGAAUAAGUUUGACGUGAUGAAUAUGACCAAGAACCCGCUGGUGGAUCAGAACGACCUGCUGAAGAACCUGGUAGAGCUGGCUCAGUGGUCCGAUUUGAUCAUUUUCGACUAUCUGACGGCAAAUUUGGAUCGGAUCGUUAACAACCUGUACAACUACCAGUGGAAUGUUAACAUCAUGGAUGCGCCAGCCCACAAUCUGGCCAGGAAGAGCGACAGUGAACUGUUGGUGUUUUUGGAUAACGAAUCCGGACUGUUGCACGGUUACAGGCUGCUGAAGAAGUACGAAAUCUACCAUUCCAUAUUGUUGGAUAACUUGUGCGUGUUUCGUCGGCAAACUGCCGAUAUCAUCAAAAAACUCAAAACCGAACUCAACAUCGGGACUUUAUUGCGCGAUAUGUUCGAGAAACAGAACAGUGCAUCUGUUAAGGACAUUUUGCCCACAUUGCCAGACAAAAGUGUGAAAAUCCUGAACGAGAGGAUCGAUCGGGUGUACGGGCAAGUAAUCAAAUGUGAAUCGAUAUUUUCGGAUACAUAGCGGCGCCAGUGCCUUUAGGAAUAUUCAAAUUUUCAAAUAAUGCCAUAACGAGAGUUUUGAGGAAGAGGUCCGAACCGCAUUAGCAUUUUUUCGACAUUAAUAAAAGACAUUUUUAUUUAAAUUGCAUGUCGAGAAUCCUGUGGUUUGUGGUUGUCGAUCUGACAGUGCGAGUUUGUUUGUUAGGUAAUUUAUUUAUUUAUUUUUAAUAAGUCCAAACGAUGAAUCUCUCCUUGAUGCAAUAUAGAAGUUACGAAUGUUUCGGUAUGCUAACCUCUAUAAAUCAUUCAGUUAGAGCUCGGGAAUUUUGUCUUCUUGCCUGAAACAAGUUUCGACCGGUACAGACCUUUAUUGGAAGAACAUUCGUCACGUCAAUCACCCUUAAGGUAAUUCAGAGCCUCAACAUUAAUUUUUAUCAAUGAAAACUUGUAGACGUUGGCAAUACUUUAAUGUUAACCUGAAGUGAGAUAGGAUAUAGGUGUUAUAUCAUGGGCGCACAUAUGGAAAUAUGGACGCGCAUGAUGAUUUUCGUAUUGUAAAUACGCUUUAUUGGUCUUUUGAAAUGUGAUAUUUAGUGAUCCUCAUUGCGAUCCGAAUUCAAGUAUACUAUGUACAUUUUGUGAUUUUUGUUUUAAAUUAUUAUUAUUAUUAUUUUAGACCAAAUAUUGAAUGAUGUAAAUGUCCUUGUAAAUACUUGUACAUUUGAGCGAUGUAUAAUUAUGUAAAUAAUAAUUAAUAUACAAAAUGAAUUUCUAAAUAAAAAA